AUGGAUGGAGUAUCGACUCUCACAUUCCCGAUGUCGAGAGAAUCGGAGUCCGCUUCUCGACUGAAAUCUCUAAUCACCGAUAUGAUUCCUCACUUCUCCGACGAUUACUACGGCGGCGUCCUCUCUGUUCGUUAUGAUAACAGAAAAGGAAGAUCGAGGAAGAUCAAUGGUGGUCGACAACAAGAUCCAGCAUCAUCUUGA